CUGAAAGAUACAAACACCUGACAAGAUGCGUUCCUUCAUCCUUAUCACUCUUCUCGCCCUGGUUGCCGUGGCCGCCGCUCAGGGACGUCGUGGACCUCGAAGUGGACCUCGUGACUUUGGACUUGGCCGUGGUUUGGGUGGACCCCAAGGACGCCGUGGUGGUCCCGGUGGACGCGGUGGUCCCGGUGGUCCAGGUUUUGGUGGACCUCAGGGUGGUCGUGGAGGUUGUGGUGGUCCUCAGGGAGGCCCAGGUGGUCCUGGAGGCCCCGGCGGACCAUGGGGUCUGCCUCCCAAUGCCACUCUGCCCAGCAACAGCACAUCGACCACCGAAGCCAGCACCUCCUCCAGCAGCAGCUCCACGGAGGCCAGCAGCUCCAGCAGCAGCAGCUCCACGGAGGCCAGCAGCUCCAGCAGCAGCAGCACCACGGAGGCCAGCACCAGCACCAGCUCCACCACCGCCUCCUCUGCUUAAGUUGCUCAGCUCCGGCCAAUCUAAAAUCCAUUUUUGGCUUGUUCUGCUCCGCGCUUUUCUCGAUAUUAAU